AUGGGAUCCAUUUGUGUAGCGAAACACCCAAAUUUGGCCUCUAUCACUUAGAGUGACAUAGAAGUUGCUGAAGAAUAAGCCAUUAAUGAUCAGGUCAGCACUAUGUCCUGCAAUUUUAUUUCAACUUUGGAACUUCAAUUCAAAAGCAUAACUUCAUAACAUCAGAUUGAACAACAACAAUCCUAAAAGAUAUCUUUGGAGUUAUCGUAGAUUGGUCAAUAGAUUGAGAGGAAAGGAAUUCUUAAGAAUACUAAUCCUCAUUAUGAAGAAGAAUUAAGAAUACUUUCAUAGACAAUUAAGUAGAAUCAAGAAGAAAUGCAUUAUGAGAAACUAGUGAAUUACUUAAGGGCUCGUAAAAUUUAAGGGUCACACAAAAUAAAUUUAUGA